ACGUGGUGGUACGGUGGUCCUUAACGGUGAGCGUGAGAGUAAUGCGCGAAGAAAGCCAUCAGCCGACGAAAUAGAGCAGCGAACUAACAAAACAGCUCGGCGAAGGGCCGAGUGAAUUUUCACCAGCCGCACGGUUUCGCAUUCGGUCACCGCCGCUAGGAGCGCUCUCACGCUCCGGUUAUAUACAUUUAUAACCACUAACGGUAGUGGCGUUUUCUUUCCCUCCCAGCAGCACCCGAAUUCCUGGCCACUGGGCAAAGUUUUACCCUGGAAACAAAGUUUCCGUUUUUCUCCGGUGUGGGGUGUGCAUUCGCCAAAAUAGGGCAAAACACAGCAAAACACCCAGCGUGCCUUCAAUUUCAAUCACAGCAGGGAGGUUCGUCGUCUGAAGACGCUCACAGAAUAGAAAAAUAGUGGAAAACGCGAGUGACUGAUAUUCGAGCUAGUGGUACUGGUGCUAGUGUGUGUGCAGUGCAAGGGAGCAUUGGCUCGUGGGUGUGAUGUGUGGGCACAGUGUGCAGCUGGGCAGUGGCGGCACGCAAUGUACCGGAGAUCCACGCAGCUCAGAAUGAGGAGGGACCCGUGCCGAGUGCAGAAGUGUGCGCAGCAGCAUCAGUCACGUCGGUCGUGUCAGCCGGGUGCGGUUGUGUUGAGCGGUGGUGGUAAGCUUGCCGGUGCGUUGGUAGCUGUAGCCGGCGUCGCUCGUGACGCCCGACGUCCCACGACCAUCCGGUGUGUGCGCAAUCGAAUCAGUCGUCAAUGAGUCACGUUCGUUACAACCAGAGACUUCAGGAGCCGUACGAGCAGGAGUGGCAGCAGCAGCAGCAGCAGCAGGAGCACGAAGAGUGGUACCGUGGUAGUAGUGAGCGUAGUAGCGAGGACCGCUCUAGGUCGUCGCAGCAGCUGCGGCAACAGCUGCGGCAACACCAGCAACAGGAGGACGAGGAUUCGAUCGAGGAAGUGGUACGGUUGCACCAGCAACAGCUUCAGCAGCAGCAGCAGCAGCAGCAGUAUUCGGGGCCGGGCACCUCGUCAGUUCGCCGACGUUCGGCCGGUGUGCAAGUAGGGGGAGGAGGCGGCGGCGGCGGCGCGCUUGGUUGUAGCGGGGGUGCUGGGGGACGGGGCUUCGUUGCGGCGGUUGGCGGUGUUGUCGGGCAGGGAUUCCUUGCACUACGGCGGACGCGGGUUCGUGCCGGUUGCGCCUCAUAGCACGGCCGGAACAGCGCUGCCAACAGCCACAGCCCGAAGCUAGUCGUCGUUUCACGCGCCCGACGUAGACUAAUGCAGUGGCGGAAGUUCGCACGGCUGAAAACGACUGCUACCGGACAUUCGCGGACGCGAAGAAUGCUUUGUUGUGGCCGAAGAAAGGAAAAUGGAAGAUCUGUGCCUGACCUCACUGCAAGCCCCGGGCGGGCACCGCCGGGUCCGAUGCCUUCCCACCAGGCGCAGGCUCUCCAGCAGCAGCAGCAGCAGCAGCAACACCAGCAACAGGGCCUGCAGGGACACCAUCAGCAGCAGCAGCAACAGCAGCGGCAGGGCUCGAAGGAGCCCGUCCUGCUACAGGGUGACUUCCGGAAGGUGUCCGGCAUCAGCUCGGAGAUCUUCCGGCAGAUUGAGGCGGUGGAGAAUGACCACGAUCCGAGCACGGCGGCCGCUUUGGAGGUGGUGGAGCGGAGGGGCGAAAUGAUAGUGCGCAUCCUGGAGCCCAGAUGUAUGGGCAGCCGACAGGCCAUCGAAGCGGGCCAGAAGUUCCUCAACAAGAGUGACGCCAGACACACGGUUCAGCUGGUGGAGAUCGUCAAACGACCGGGCCAAACUCUGGGCCUGUACAUCCGCGAGGGCAACGGAGCCGACCGGUCGGAUGGCGUGUUUAUAUCUAGGAUAGCUUUAGAGUCGGCCGUUUACAACAGCGGCUGCCUGAGGGUUGGCGACGAGAUAUUGGCCGUGAACUUGGUGGACGUAACGCGGAUGUCGCUGGACGACGUGGUCAUCAUCAUGUCGAUACCGCGCCGGCUCGUACUCGCCAUCCGUCAGCGGCGCGGCAACCGGGGCUCCAACUCGCCCGGUCCGCCGCAGAUGUCCCGGCCGGAGCAGAAACCGCCGCCAGUGGUCGUGAUCAAGCGCGACCUGCGCGACGAGGACCUGGACGACUCGGAUCGGGCGCCGCGCUCCUCCCGCUCCUCGCGCGAGCGUCGCACCGGCGAUGGGCGCGAAAUGACCGAGUCGCGCUCCCGCCUGGGACUGGGCCUAAACAAUUACAGUCCGCAGAGCGAGCAGCUCGAUCUGUACUACGGGGCGGGCCGUGGGCCGGGCGGAGGCCCCGGCCCGGCCGAGACGCCCAACUGGGGAUACAAACCGCCGGCCCCGCCCUCGUCGGUCAUCACGGAGCAGCCGAAGGGGAUGCACGGCGGCUUCCAGACGUCCCACUCCUACUACCAGAAUGCGGGCACGCUCGAGAGCCUCGCGGAGAAGGUGCACGCGUUCUACCCGUCGGCCACCACCAGCCGGCGCAUGUCGGCCGGCCCGGCCGGCGUCGCCAUGAGCCAGUCGCACCAGCGGUUCCCGCGCAGCGGCUCCGACCAGCACCUGCCGCGCGUCGAAUACGCCGACUACGCUUCCCUGGGGCGGCAUCCGCUGCUGGCCCGCUCCAGCCUCAAGUCGGAUCUGGUCGGGGCGGCCCCGAUUGCGGGCGGCACGCUCGGACGGUACGGGCGGUACGAUGCGCCGCCGCCGCAGCCCCGCGCGCCAAAGUACGGCCCGUCGCCGCUCGGCGCGACCGGUUCGCUGCAGCGCCGCUCCCGCCCCGCCCUGGACUACUCGAGCGACACGGAGGCGACAAUCGGGCCGCGGCCUAGCUACUACUACUACAACCAUCCGGCGAUGGCGGCCAGCGGCACGAUGGGAGGGCGCGGCAGCACGCAGGCCCUCGGCGGAGGGCCCGAGUUCGCCAAGUUCAACUCGCUGCCGCGCGAACGGCCCGGCGCGACCCGGCUCGGCCUUCGCGGCCGCAUCACCGAUCGGCUGCAGGACGAGGCGGACGGGAACGUGUCCGCGCCGGAGUACUCGCUGCCGAUCCGGCGCGACAUUCGCGAUCUGCGCAACCGCAUCACGGCCAGCCCGUCCAUCUUCACCUCGGACGAGUACCGGGCGUGGCUGCGACGGGCGCCGAGCAGCUCGGCCAUCUGCGAGCAGAUGCGGGCGUCGCGCGACCUGCUCAACCAGCAGCGCGCCCACCGCUUCUCGUGCAGCGCGGAGAACAUCCACGACGUGCUGAAGAACACCGAACACAUCUACAGCAGCCGGACCGGGCUCGGCAUGGGCGGCGCGGGCGCAGGGGGUGGGGUGGUCGGAGGCACGCUGGAUCGCCACUCGAUGGCGGCCGGCGGUCCGCGCAUGUCCUCGCUGCCAGUGCGCUCGCUGUCCUCGCAGCAUAUCGGCGGCCCGUCGUCGAUUCGAUCGCCGAGCGUGCGGCGCAUGCGACAGCUGCUCGAGCUGACGCAGGGUGCGGGCGUGGGUGGCGUUCCGGGCUCGGUCGUGGCAGCGCUGACCGGCCACCAGAGCCCGGCACCGACGCCCAGCACGACGCUGCCCAGGGCGCACCGCCAGAUCGACAUCAAUCCGGCCGAGUACACCAAGUACAAGCUGGACAAGCCGGUCGUGGAUGCGGUCGGCAUGUCGGGCAUGCUGUGGAUCCACCUGCUGGCCGGGCGGGGCCUGCGGGCGAUGUCGGAAACGUCCCAGAUCCAGCAGCCGCUGAUCCGCGACCUGUACUGCGUGCUGGAGUGCGACCGCAUCCACAAGGCACGCACGGUCGUCCGGUCCGGCGAUCUGCAGUUCGACUGGGACGAGUCGUUCGAGCUGGACCUGGUGUGCAACAAGCAGCUGGACGUGCUCGUCUACUCCUGGGACCCGCAGCACCGGCACAAGCUGUGCUACCGUGGCGCCCUUUCGCUCACGACCCUGCUACGACAAUCACCGAUACAUCAGCUAGCGCUAAAGGUUGAACCGAGAGGCACCAUCUAUCUGCGACUGCGGCACACGGAUCCAUUCCAGCUGUUCCGGCGCCGCGGGCUGCCAAGCCUACGGGGCAACGUGCCCGCGCUGUUCGGUGCCGAUCUCGAGACGGUGGUCACGCGCGAAUCGAAGGGAGCGCCGGGCUGUGCGCCGGUCCCGAUCAUACUGCGCCGCUGCGUCGAGGAGGUCGAACGGCGCGGCCUGGACAUUAUCGGUCUGUAUCGUCUCUGCGGUUCCGCCACCAAGAAGCGACUGCUAAGGGAGGCGUUCGAGCGGAACAGCCGCGCCGUGGAGCUGACACCGGAGCACGUGCCCGACAUCAACGUCAUCACGGGCGUGCUGAAGGAUUAUCUCAGGGAGCUGCCGGAGCCACUGUUCACCAAGUGUCUCUUCCAGAUGACGGUGGACGCCCUAGGUAGUGUCUGCCUGCCGGACGAUCCCGAGGGUAAUGCCAAACUCAUGCUCAGUAUUCUGGACUGUCUGCCACGAGCGAACAGGGCCACCCUCGUGUUCCUGCUCGACCACCUGUCGCUGGUCGUGUCCGCCGCCGAGCGCAACAAAAUGUCGGCCCAGGCGCUGGCGACCGCCCUGGGACCACCGCUGAUGCUGCAUUCGGCGAGCGUCGGCGCCAACGAGGAGAUCGAUCACGCACAACCGAUCGCGGUGCUGAAGUACCUGCUGCAGAUCUGGCCCCAGCCGGGCACGGGCACGGGCGCUCCCACUUCAGGUCGGCGCGGCGAGCCAGUCGAGCCGCGUGGAAACAAAGCCAGUGCGUUGCAAGCGGGCAAGUCGGCGGCGCUGCAGCAGCAGCAGCAGCAGCAGCUGGGCAGCACCAUCAGCCACCGCAGCAGCAGCAGCUCCAACAUCCAGCAGCAGCUGCGCAGCACCAGCAGCACCAACUUGGCGGCCACCAGCAGCUCCAUCAGCUCCAGCAUCAGCAGCAGCAGCAGCAUCAUCAGCCGCAGCCCGCACGCCCUGGCCAGCAGCAGCAGCAGCAGCAACAUCCAGUCGUCGGUACCACCGUCUAUACAGCCCCGUACAGCAGCCAACAAUCCAUCAACCACAUCCUCAACGCUCGGUCAGCAUCUGCUCUCAGCCACUCCCAGCACUCUUCAGUAUCAAUCAGUAGUGGCUCAGUUAGCUCAAUCGCAUCGAGCCUUGCAACAAGCGGGCCAACAGCCCCAUCCAUCGGAGGUCUCAGCGGGCUUGGCGGAGCGCGUCCAAUCGCCACAUCACGCCACACCCUCCCCAAGCUCUAGUUCCACUUCGUCCGCGUCCGGUUCUGGGUCGGGUACUGAUACAAUUAAACGUGGAGCAUCGCCCGCCUCGGUGAAGUUCAAGGAGUCUACCAGCAACUAUUCGCUCAAGUCGGACACGCAGAGCCGCAUUCUGGGCGGCGCGAGACAGCACUCGCAACAACCAUCCUACACGACCGCGGGCGGGGCCAGCAUCAGCAGCAGCAACGGGGGCAAUGGUGGGUCCGCUGCCGGGGCCACCUCGUAUGACCUGCUGCACGCCCGCACGGGCGGCCUGUUCGCAUCCAGUGCCGGUACCGACUACCUGUCAUCGACGUCCUCGAUCGCGUCCUCGAUCGCUUCGUCGGCGGCCGGUGCCGGUGCCGCCACUUCGGCCGCCGGACUGUACGGUAAGGUGGGCGGUGGUGCGGCCGCCACUUCCGCGCCGCUGACCAGCACGCUCAACAUCACCACGUUCAGCUUGGACGAGAAGAACAACCUGGUCGUGUCGCCGUCCCCGUCGUCCGCCUCGGAAUCGUCGUACCGGUCGUCCAGCCCGGCCUCCAGCAUCCAGCGCGACAAGUCGCCGAACAAGUCGUCCGGCUCGCCGUCACCGUUGCGCCGCCAGGAUCCGCUCGAUCGAGCCGACAGUUUGCCUUCGACCGGGGCGACCUCGGGCUCGGGCACGAGCGCUGCAUCGACGGUCGCCGCCACGACGGCAUCGUCCGGCGCCGGCUCGUUCAUGUCGUCGCUGCGCAGCCAAACGCUGGGCAGCUACCAGUUCCCCUCGACGAGCCUCAAGCUAACCAGCCAGCUGAGCAGCGGAUCGUCGGGACAGGAUGCAUCGGACGAUGGCAGCACAUCGUCGCUGCUGCGCAAGCUAACCUCCUCGCUGUCGCGCACGAUCGUAAGCAAUACGGGCACGUUGCCGCUGUCGCUCGGCCGCGAGAAGCUGGCGGAGCUGUCCUCGACGGCUGGCGGUGGGACGGGAGCGACCGCAGGCAGCGGCUCGACAGGAGCGUAUUCGAGCAGUAGCGGCAUUGGCAGCAUCAGCAGCAGCAUCAGCAGCAGCAUCGGCAGCAGCAACGCUAGCGGCAGCGGUCUGCGCACGAUGAGCACUUCGCUGGGCUACUCGGGCAUUGGCGGCGGCGCGUCUGCACUGGACGGUGGUGCCGGUGGGGCAGGGGGUUCGUCGUCUGGCUCCAGCUCGGUCACGACAGCGGCGGCCGUCACGAGCAUGAACAUCUACGGCACACUGCCGAAGAACUCUUCCAUCUACUCGUCGUACGGGGUCGGUUCGGGCACGUCCGUGAGUGGCUCGUCGGGCAGCGGGCUGUCGGGGCUGCUGUCCGGUACGACCAGCUCGUACGGCAUCAGCGAGCGGCUGAGGGCGCUCACGUCGGGUGGUAGCGUUGGGGAUGGAGCGGCCGACCGGUCCACCGGGGGCGUUGAAAGCGCUGGCGGCACCGGCUCAUCCGCGGGCGAUCUCGAAAGCAGCGGGUACGAUUACGAAUCGUCCGGCUUUUCGUCGGCCUCGUACAGCGGCAUGGCCACGAGCGGCGCCUCGAUCGGGUCGGGCGGGGGGCUCUCCUCGUCCUACUUUAGCACCGGAAGCAACAGUAGCCCCUUCGCUACCAUGUCCGGUGGUGGUGGUGGUGGUGGUGGGGGAGCAGGUGGUAGUGGCACGGGAACAACGGCCACGGACACCAACCCGUACCGGGUACAAUACUCGUCCACCAAUCCCUUCCUGCCAAGCUUUAAUCCCACGAGUGACGGUAGUAACGGUCGAGCAGACUCGAAAACAUCGAACGGCGAUGAACCGUUCGACAUGAAGUAGAGAGGAACAUCGAACACACAGGGUAGCAGGAACGAGGAAAGAAACACAAAAACACAAACGAAACGAAAGAAGAAGAAACAAACAGUCAGUAUUACAAAGACAACCGCGGGCCAUUUUGUUUGCGGGUAACGUAACUGUGUUCCGUAGAACUUUAUUGAGCGUUUGCGACAUACAAACACAUGGACAGGAGAGACAGGCGAAAGUGCGAGGCAAGGGAGGAGAGGUAACAAUCAAAUGUUCUUUGUUUGUGGUUUGGUUUUUACUAGACAUAGUGUAAGAGAAGUACUAACAUGUUGACAUUCACUUACCUUACGCAAAUCCAAUUUGAAAAUUAAUCUUAUAGUAGUUUUAUUAGAUGAUUGCCAUUCUUGGAAUCUAACUCGAAUUGUUCUGCUUAUUGAAAUGAACGAAUGGGAGAAAAACGACAUGGAAGGAGAGAGAAAAAGAGAGAGAGGGAGAGAGAGAGAGAGAGCGAGAUAGAGAGAGAGAGAGAGGGAAAAAUCGACAAGUAGAAUAACUGUUAGUGUGUUUACUUUCGUUUCCGUGCAAGGCUACGUUCUUGUUAUCAUUGUUAAGGAUAUUAUCGUGCCGGUCGCUCAUUUGUAAACGUCAAUGAGUUGAACUGUGCGUGUGUUGUUUUAUUCGUGACAAAUACACACACAAAAUAGAAAAAAAAGAAAAUCUAAACAGUGAAACACUGGUACGGUUAGGCGAAACAAAGUUAGGUUUGGAAGGAAAACCAAUGAAAGCAAACUUUCAAAUGAGUUACAUCGGCUAAAGUUAUAACAACUAUAGUGAAAAAAGGCAGGUCAUUUAAUUGUGGCAGCAGUAAGGAAAGGAAACUCUCGCUAACGAAAAGCAUAGACAAAUUAACGUAUAUUAACGACACGCUUUAAUCGGAAAAUGGGAAAUGGUGGGGAGUAAAACACAUGAACGUUAUAAAUAGUGUGCAAAACUAAUACGAUGCUUGCCAUCCCAGAGGGUCACGGAUGGUUCAACUGGGUUUGGCACAAAACACUAAUACCAGUCAGCGAGGAAGCAGAACAAAUACAAAAAAGCAACCAAACCAUACGAAACAGAACGAAAAGAAUUGUGCAAAGCCAUGACAUAAAGCUAAAAAGGAAAAACCGCCUAGCUACAGUUUAUACAAGCAAGUAAAUGUACUAGAUUAGAACACGGAACUUCACGGAUAUACAAAUUGCAACAAACACUUACAAAACAAAAGUGAAAAGUAUAAAUUGUAGGAGAAGCAAAACAAGUAACUGAACGAGGAAAGAAACGAGGAUCGAGUAAUGCAAGCAAAAAGGAAAUAGGAACACAAAACCAGACCAGGAACGGGAAGUGCAAGUAAGCACAUUGCGAAGGAAGGGCGACACAUACAAUAAUUAAAAGUGAAACCGAACAAGACUAAUGACAUUUUGCUGUUUUCCUCACCCGUUACGGCGUACACUGACCCCCAGCUCGAAGGUGUGUGUGCGUACGUGUUUUUCGGUUGGUGACCGUUAUCGGGUGGGGAGGAAAAAGAACAAACAAAAGAAAGUGCAUGGACCGCAAGAACAAACCUACUUAACUACGCAAUUUUACGCAAGCCAACAGCGCACCCGCAAUGCUUGCAAGCACAGUUUACUAUAUGCAGGGAAAGAGAGGAGAGAGAGAGAGAAGAGAGAUAGAAGGGAGAGAAAGAGGAAGGAGAGAACAUUAAAAAAGAUAAAUAAUUACGAACAAAUAGAGCUUUCGUUUCGUCAAAUAGCGCAGUUACUAUUAGUCAAAAGCGAAUCGAUUCAAGUGAGGCAGAUGCGAUGCGUGAAUGUGAGUGUGUUAAGUUUGUUAGGGCGCCAGACCAUGCUUGUUUGGGAGGAGGUUUUGGUUUGGUUUAUGUUAGUGUUUUGCUAAAGAUGCGCACGGCAGUGCGGCGUGCAGUGUAAAUAGUAAUCGAGCUAGAAAUGAAGCAAAAUGGCAACGAAUCAUGAAUAACCGUGCAUCUGCAUCAUCCGUAUCCAUCAUCUAGGUAGUGGAAACAUUAAACAAAACACACACACAAACCAACAAACAACUGUAGCGUGAUCGUCCCCAGCUUUUUGCUGCGCGUAACGCCAACGAGCUAACGCAGCCGGUGCUGGGAGUGUAGCGAAUUCCUUUGCACAGCUCGUUCAGCGUACAAUACUCAAUCGUAUGCAAUAUUCCGGCUGUAUGAUCCCUUCCAAGAUGUUGCACAUUUCAUGUCAAUUUUGUGUCGUAUUUAGGAGAAAAGCAAGGAGAAAAAAAAACGAAAAACAAACAGUACUCCAGGUUUGGAAAAUGUCUAUUUGCGUUUGUGUUUGCCUCAACUUAGCACUCGAAUAGAAACUCCUAUCAUGCGUAUCGUUUUUUGUAUCGAUCACUCAUCAGGGAAGACAACAGGAUAAGUCGAUGAAGAAAUCGGUUAGCGAAUUGAGAAUUGUCGAUCAAGGAAUUGGCUGCACGUAACGUAACCUUUUCAAACAAACACUUGUCAAACCAGCUGAGUAACGUAAUGCCGAUGGAGAUUCGAUCGAUCUUUACGUCUGCUCGGGUCGAUCGGCCAUACAAUGUUGAUCCUUUUUUGUUUCGUUUUCAAUCUGUAUCUCGUACAUAUUCUCAUAAACUGUUCGUUGUACCACAUAGUUAGUGUUAUCUGGCGCACGCAAUGGUGUGCCCAGUGUGUUAAGCGUCCUCUCAGGUUGGGACGGAUCCAUUUUCUCCAUCUUGAGCUUGUUUCCCUUUUCCAAAACGGAUCACAAACUGUGCGAAAUCGUAAGGAUGAUCGCUACAAUUAUGCAAAACAGCUUUAAGUAAGAGAGCAAAAAGGGUUUAGCAGAGGGUCUAAACAGCAUCGUGUAAAAGCUUUAGGGCUGCUUGAUUGUGUGCGCUUUCUUGUUCCCCCUAAAAGAUGAUGGAAAACAGAGGGGCCUCUCCCAUUGCUCUAUCCGCGCCAUAAACCUUCCUUCUCGUCGCCGUUAUGAGCAUCGGGUGCCAUCGUACGCACCCCCAAUACUUACCAAAACGUAACCACAAGUAAAACCAGUAACGCAUUAAUCGAUAGUUGUAAAUAAAUCAGUCAAUUUUGUUAGAGCCAUCGUCGUUAGCAAAUGCAAGGAAUUUAUUCCCCUCUUUCCGAGGGGUAAUGUGACAAAAAGAAAUGAAGAAAAGCUAAGAAACUAAAAUACAAAAAAGAGGGACUCACCAUUUACCUUCACAACAGACUCAGACUUACUGAAAUUUAGCAAAAGGAACCCAUGUGACUAUAACACACACACACACACACACACACACACACACAUAAAAACAAGAAAUAUAUUAACAACUACUACCACUAUUAUCCAUCAUCUAACAUCUUAACAUACCAAAAAAAGAAGCAAAAUCUCCCAUUAUCUUCUAGUAAAGUGCAGCCGGAAAUAAGUAACCUAUUGUUUAGGAAGUUUUUUGUUUAUCUGUGUUGUUUAGGACGUUGAACAUCAAAAACGAAGAAUCGAAAUGCAAUCGAAAGGAAACACACAGUGGAGAAUACGUGAAAAAGAGAACCAAACUACAAUCGCAUUGUCAUUACUAUUCAGCUACUACUACUACUACUACUACUAAUACUACCACUACUACUACUACUACUGCUACUACCCGUUACUACCGUUUCACUCGUGCAGGGGAAGGAAAGAGAGGAAGAUUUUCAAUCGUUUUAAACUCAUCGAAACUAUAACCGUUUAAAGAAAAUUGUUGGAAUUUUGGGUGGGAAUGAAACAGGGGAAAAGGGAAACAUUGGAAAAACCAACGACAAACAGUAUUUUCAUUUUGUCUGCUGUCGUUUAAGCAUCCCGUUCGCACAACGAUCCAACGAUGAUCGACCGAUCGCUGCCACACACAUACACACAUUAAAGUUCAAUCGUUCGUCCUCGAAAAAUGAUUUGUUUACGCACACGCCGAAGACAUUACGCUAUGGCUGGGUUUUGCAAUCAUGCAAAAAAAAAACGACACAAACACUAUCUGCCUCUGUCAACAUUUGAAUGCCUGCGAACCGUUCUGUACACUGUCGUACUGCCUGCACCACCCACAACACCACCGGCUCAAUUGCCCGCCCGACUGCCGCAAAUGCCAAGUGCCCAACAAGCUGAGCUGCUUGCUCUACGAAGCGCCGUUGUUGCUACUGCGCCACCAUUUUGCCCUACGAACGUCGUCGUUGCUAUAAUGUGUAUGCUGUAUGCUGUUACUGAUGUUGCUAGUGAAAAGAGUGAGCGAAAGCCGUGAGGAUGUAAGUGCAGAAAGCGAACACAUUCACUAGAUUGAGUGGUUUAGUGCUCCAUUUAAAUCAUUCUACUGUUGCUAUGUUGUUGGUACCCAAACUCAAAACCACGCACCGGAAGUAGAAGAAGGAACUAAACACACACACACAUACACACAUAUAAACACACAGACAACAUACAUACACACAUACUGAAUAUCAUACCGUUUCAUAUCGUCAACGUUUACAAAUCACUUUCUUAGACACAAACACACACCCCACAAUACCGUUUACACACCCUACAAAACGUACUGGUGAUGAUGAGAAUGAUAGGUAUCAAAUAUACAUUUAAAUAUAUAUAUAUACAAACACAUAAUAUAUAUAUACACCCACAUACAUACAUAUAUUAGUGAAAAUCUCCAACUAAUGAAGCGAAACCAAAAAAAAAAUGAACGAUCAUUUCUAGCAGAGAUGAUCAAGUUUUGAGGAAAUGAAUUGUAUAUUCCAUUGCAGCAGUAGCAACACGGCAGCACUCAACAGGGCGACACACUUGUUUACAGUGAAUAUUAUUAGGGGAAAGCACUGUUUCGGUUUGCCGUAGGUGUUGUGUUUUAGAAGCUUUUUUAAAAUGCACCAAAUUGAAAAUGGACAAACAGAUACACAAUACCUACGAAUCGUUAUGCACGUCAAUACUUACAAACAUCACAAAUCUUUAAACAACAUUCCGCUAGCUUCUAAUAUGUUCCAUCCGUAUAGCCUUACUUACUUACUUAUCCGGCAACUAGAAUCAGUGUAGCCAAGUUCAGCGAAACAUAAAGCAUCGAAGCUUAUUUUACGUUUGCAAACAUGAUGUUUGAAUGCUUCAAUGGUAGCUUUCAGUGCAAUCAGUAUUUCCUAAUUAGAGUUGGUUAUUCGUGCCUCAUUCUCUUUGAUUUGUUCGUUCCAUUGCACUCGCUCAACAUGGCAUUUAUGGCAAGCGCAAAAAUGCAGCAACUCAACUCCAAACGAAACAGAAAAACCAAAGAAACCAAGAAAUUAAUGGAACAAAAAAAAAAAAACAAGCUAACUAGGUAGCAGAUACACGAUUAAUCACCGAUGAUCUCUUUGAUGUAACUUUCACUUGGUGCGCAGGAAAACAAAAAAAAAAAACAC